ACAUAGAUUUGGCAGCCACUACUUUGGUGGCUGAUCCGCAUGCGCAACCAAGGAGGCAUGUGUGUAUGCCGGUAGAAGGCACCAACGCCCAUGCUGUUUGCAGAAGUCGUAUUUAUGCUUGGCCGGUCUUUCGCACAAGAGCGAACGAAAGUCGACAAGGAAGAGGACGCCGUGAUGCGCCCGGCUUCCAGAGAAAGGAGCAAGCUAUUCAGUGGCUUCAAGACACCACUGCAUUGACCAGACUUUCCGGGACUGAUGCAACCCAGGGUUUCUUGCGGAUUUUGGCGUCGCUGCGACGCUUGAACACUGCAGAUGAGGUUGAAGUGCAAACUUGGUGUGCCAUUGGUGGAUUGACAAGCUUAUGCGAAUUAGAAAGCUGUUUGAAGCAGAAUGCCAUCGAGUUAUUUGAGAUUGCCAAAUUCGAAUUGGCAAAAGCACGGGACAAAAACUUGUUGAGGGCGGACUUGUUACGCCCCUGCUUUGCGUCAGUUACAUGUGGGGAUGUUUGGGAACUGCAACGCAAUGGUGACGCAGCUUCAGUUCUUGCAUCUUUAUCCGGCUGCAGUGAAACUACCGCGUCCUCCCUUCUCCGAUUUGGCACGCAGCUCUCCGAGUUGUUUGCUCCCGUGGAGUUUGCGAAACGUGUUGGCCGCCAAGACUGGACGAGGAAUCCGUGCGCGCUGGGCGCAGCGAUGUUGCCUGCGCUUGACGCCGCAGUGCGAGCAGCGCGAGAGCGAGGUCGAGAGCCGGCGGUGGCCAUUUUUGGGGGUUUUGUCAGUGCCGCCCUCGUUGCCCGCUUGGGCUGCCGCGCCAUCAUCGUGGAGCCGAGGCGCAUGCUUCGGGAAUGCUUGCGAGUGGUUUUGGACAGCAAUGGCCUGGGCUUGGUGGAACUUGCCGAAGAGGCUGAGGUCUGCGACAUCUUGGUGUUGGAAGGCUUGGAGGAAGAUGGCCUCUUCGAGUUUGGUCACCUCAGGCGGCUGAGGUCCCACUUGCAGAAGUGCCAAAGAUCUAGCCUGAUGCCAGCUGUGGUGCCGCCUUCUUUGCGCGUUUGGGCCGCCUUGGUCGAUGAAUCAUUACCGCGGAUUCGGGGGUGCAGACUGAGCCGGUUUGAUCGAAUGAGGGGUUUCGACUUGCAGGUUUCGCACAGAUGGCCACGAGGCGCUUGCCACAUCCAACCGCAGCUCCGGUCCCGCCACCAGCAAAUCUUCGAGCUGAAUGUGUCAGGGCAAAGUGACAUGGAAGAGGCCCAUGUGUCCUUCGUGCCGGAACCGAACAUGCCCCUGACAGGAGUCGCUUAUUGGAUAGAGUGGCCGGAUGGCCCACCUGUCUCCAAUCUAGCGGACUCCUGGAUGUGCUGCAUUCAGCCCUUGCCCGUGCGACGUGCCAGUGCCAGUGCUCCAGCUGCACACAUUCGAGCAUGCCUGUCGGACAUCAAGCUUUGGUUUCAGUGGUCAGACGAGUCCAAUGAGCCCAAUACGAUGGUGCCUCCACUGGGCAAGACCAAGUUGCCACCCUGGCACUUUAAGAUGCUGAAUGACCACGAGCGCAACAGGCGCUAUGACCUGGCCAUCUCUCGCGCUGUGGCCAGGGCAAAGGCGAGGUCGCAUCGCAGCUCGAGCCCGUCGGACCCGUCGGACCCGUCGGUCCCGUUGCUCUUGGACUGUGGCUGCGGCGCCGGGCUGCUGUCGCUGCUGGCCCAGCGCUCGGGCGCAGGCGUCACCGCGGUGGAGCUGUCAGCGCCGAUCUCAGACAUCACCCGCGAGACCUUCGAGGACGCUUGCCACGAGUCGUUUUCGCCUAAGCCGCCCUUCCAGCUGAUCACGGGGGACGCCCGGAGCUUGAGGGACCGGCGCCACGAUGUGAUUGUGAGCGAGCUGAUGGAUGCUUCUGGGGUGGGGGAGUCGUUGCUCAGCGUCCUGGAGCACGCGUGCAAGCACCUGGCGUUGCCGGCGGCACAGGUCAUCCCCUGCAGCAUUCGACUGAUCGGGGGCCUGGGCUGGGUCACAUUGCCCUCCUGUCACGGCUUCGGCUUCUCAGCGCUGGAGUCCCUCUACUUCUGCUCCCGCCAGGGUGGCCCUUUCUCUGGUGAGGUCAGCGAUGUCUGCCUUCGCGGCGGAGAGGGAGUGCCCUCCCUGCACACCGGACCAUUCACGUCCCGCAACCUGAACCGCUUGCGGCGUGGGGAGGUCUGGGACCUACUCACCGGAGAGCACCCUUUCCUAGCUGUGCAUAUUAGCAAAGCGCUGCGGGGGGAGUCCCUCUACCCCUGCGCCAACGAGGUGGAGCUGGUCGUGUUGCGUGACGGAGUGAUCAACAGCAUUCUUUGGUGGUGGGAAGUGCAGCUGGAUGAGCACGAGACCUUGUCCAACAGGCCCAAGGCGCUGGGCGGCUAUGCGACGCAUUGGCACCAGCCGCUUCUGCCCCUGGGUCCGGUACCCGUGGUGGCGGGUCAACGGCUUCGGCUCAAGGUUUCCAUUUCGGAUGCCGCGGGCCAAAAGCUGAGCUUCACCCUUGAGCCGGUCCCAGGCGCAUGGAGCGUGCCCCGAUUGCCAGCGGAUCCGCUGACCGACCUGCUGGCAACUUGGAGGACUGCAAUGGACGAGGCCUGUGCAGAGAACUCGGCGCUCACAGCCAAGUUCACCUCACGGGGAGACCUUGCUGGCUUGGCAACGCUUCAACAAGCUGUGCUGGUGCUGUGCUUGAUGCCGCACGCAUUUGGUUGCGAUCCGUUUAUCCGUGACCGGCUGCUUUCCAGCUACUUUGGCGUUGCCUACAAGUGAUUUG